AUGGCUGCCAGCCCUAUCUAUCUCGGCGUUGUUGGCGUCGGCGGUGUCGGCACCGCAUUCCUUUCGCAGCUCGCGCGCCUCCCCAAUGCCCCGCAGCUCGUCCUCCUCGCCCGCUCCUCGCAGACCCUCCUUGCUCCGACGCCGACCUACUCGCCGUCGAUCCCCGUGGCUGACUGGGCGACUGCAUCGGCGGCACCCUCGCUGACCAAGAAGGGUGCCCUGCCCGCAGAGGAGAUCGCGACAUACCUCGCAUCGGCGCCGGGGCGAGCAAUCCUGGUGGACAACACGUCGGACAUCAACCUGGCACGGUCAUACCCCGCAUUCCUGAAGAAGGGGGUGUCGGUGGUGACGCCGAACAAGAAGGGUUUCUCAGACGAGCUGUCGCUGUGGCAGGAGAUCUUUGCGUCGGCUGCGCAGGGCAAGGCGCUCGUCUAUCACGAGAGCACGGUGGGCGCGGGCCUGCCGGUGCUGUCGACGCUGAAGGACCUGGUGGCGACGGGCGACGAGGUGACGCGCAUCGAGGGCGUGUUCUCCGGCACGCUGUCGUUCCUGUUCAACACGUUCGCGCCGGCGUCCGGCGCCUCGUCGGCCCAGUGGAGCACCGUCGUCGCUCAGGCCAAGGAGCUGGGCUACACCGAGCCCGACCCGCGUGAUGACCUCAACGGCAUGGACGUCGCCCGCAAGCUGACCAUCCUGGCCCGCCUGGCUGGAUUGGAGGUUGCCCGCCCCGACGCUUUCCCUAUUGAGUCACUCAUCCCCGCCGAGCUGGCCGACCUGCCCUCCUCCGCUGAUGGCAUCGCCCAGUUCAUGGGCCGUCUGCCCGGAUUCGAUGCCCAGAUGGCUGGCAUCAAGGACGCCGCCGAGAAGCAGGGCAAGGUCGUGCGCUACGUUGGUAGCAUCGAUGUGGCCACCAAGACCGUCAAGGUCGGCCUGCAGUACUUUGACAAGGACAGCGCCAUUGCCGGCCUCAAGGGUAGCGACAACAUCAUCAGCUUCUACACCAAGCGCUACGGCGCCAACCCGCUGAUUGUGCAAGGUGCCGGUGCCGGUGGCGAUGUCACUGCCAUGGGUGUAUCGGCCGACUUGCUCAAGGUGGUGGAGCGACUGCACUAG